UACCACGUCUUCUUCCAGCACAACGAGCGCGCGGCGACGUGGGGCAACAUCGUCUGGGGCCACGCGACGAGCACGGACCUCGCGCGGUGGACGCGCGAGCCGCCCAUCCUCCGCGACCCGCCGCCCUACGAGGCCGGCGGCGCCUGGAGCGGCUCGCUCGCGCGCGUCGGCGGGCGCCUCGCGGCGCUCUACACGUGCGUCGACGGCGCGCGCGCGAACCGCCAGUGCGCGGCGUUCCCGGAGGACGCGACGCUGAGGCGGUGGGUCCGCGCGGUGGAGAACCCCGUCGUCGCGGCGCCGCCGCCGGGCGUGCCCGGGUCCCUCUUCCGCGACCCGACGGAGGCCUUCGCCUGGCGGGGGCGGACCUACGCGGGCGUCGGCGCGUCGCUGGACGGCCGCGGCGCCGUGCUCCUCUACGAGGCCGCGUCCGCGACGAACUGGACC